AUGGGUGAUGGAGUUGGGGAGUUUAUGAUGAGUGAUUAUUUUGGGUGGGGGGGGUUGGGUGUGUGGUGGGUUGUUUUGGGGGGGUGGGGUGGGGGGGGGUGGGGGUGGGUGUGGUUGGAGUGGGGGUGGGGAAUUUGGGGUUGGGUGGUGGGGUUGGGGAUGUUUGGGGGGUGGUGGGUAGUGGGGGGGGGGGGGGGGGGGGGGGGGGGGGGGGGGGGGGGGGGGGGGGGGGGGGGGGGGGGGGGGGGGGGGGGGGGGGGGGGGGGGGGGGGGGGGGGGGGGGGGGGGGGGGGGGGGGGGGGGGGGGGGGGGGGGGGGGGGGGGGGGGGGGGGGGGUGGGGGGGGGGGGGGGGGGGGGGGGGGGGAGGGGGUGGGGGGGUUUUUAGUGGGGUAUUGGGAAAUGGGGGGGGGGGGGGAUUUGUUGGGGGGGAUAUAGGGGGGGGGGGAGGGAAGGGGGUGGUAGGGGGAGAUGUGUGGGGGGUGGGGGGGGGGGGGGGGGGGUUUGGGGUUGAUUUUAUGGGGGGGAAAUUAGAGGAUUGGUGUGUGUUGAUGGGGGUUGGUUGUGGGGGGGGGGGGGGGGGGGGGGGGGGGGGGGGGGGGGGUGUUUGGUGGGGUGUGGGGGGUUGGGGGGUGGGGUGGGUGGUUGGGGUGUUUAGGGGAGUAAUGUUUGUAUUUGGGUUUGGGAUAGGUGGGGGGUGGGUGGGGUGUGUUGGGGGGGUAUUUUUUUGUGGUUUGUGGUGGUGGGGUUGGUUGUUUUUUUGGGUGGGGGAGGGGGGUUGGGUUGGGGGUUGGGGGGGUGUAGGGUUGGAUGGGGGUUUUGGGGGGGGGGGGGGGUGGUGGUAUGGGGGGGUGGGGUUUGGGGUGUGGGGGGUGGGUUUUGUGUGUUUGAGGGUGUUGGAUUUGGGGUGGAUUUGGGGUUGGUGGGUGGGAUGGGGGGGGUUUGAUGGGUGGUGGGGGGGUUUGGGGGGGGGGAGGGUGGGGUGGGAGUUGGGGGGUGUUUUUAAUGGGGUGUUGGGGUGUUGGGGUGUUUGA